AUGGCACCUAUGAACAAGAGACGUCAAAAUUCAAAUGUGUUUGCCAUGUUCGAUAAAGCACAAGUCAUGGAAUUUAAGGAUGCAUUCAGUAUUAUGGACACAAACAGCGAUGGAUUGGUGGACAUUAAUGAUUUGAAAGUGACAUUUGAAAGAUUAGGUCAACCUGCUACAAAUGAAGAGAUUGAAUUGAUGAUGGGAGAUGCAACAGGCCCCAUUAAUUUCACCGUCUUUUUGACACUGAUGGCCGAUAAGCUAGCAGAUACAGAUCCUGAAAACACCAUCCUCAAGGCAUUUUCUGCCUUUGAUGAUAAUAGAAACGGAAAGAUCAAUGCGGACUAUUUGCGAGAAUGUAUGACAACUAUGGGCGAUAGGUUUACAGAUGAAGAGGUCGACAUUAUGUUCAAAGGCUCUGUCGUAGAUGAAGACGGCAACUUUAAUUAUAGGGAUUUUGUUCGUAUCCUGAAACAUGGAGAGUAA